GCAAGCUGAUAGUCAUGGAGAAUCCGCCGGUGAAUCAAGAUGAGCUUGCUCUGGUGGAGCGGGUGUUUCUGCGCAUUGGGUCAGCAGAAACUGAUGAACAAUUGCAAAAUGCCCUUACCAAAUUUUUGCCACCAGUUCUGCUCAAGUUAUCCAGCACACAGGAAGGAGUUAGGAAAAAGGUGAUGGAGCUACUGGUUCAUGUCAACAAGCGCCUCAAGAGCCGUCCAGUCGUCCAGCUUCCAGUGGAAACUCUGCUGCUGCAGUAUCAGGAUCCAGCUGCCUCUAGCUUCCUAAAGAACUUUACUGUGAUUUAUGUGAAAAUGGGUUUCCCAAGACUGGAGCCAGCCAAGCAGGCUGAGCUGGCAAUACCUCUACUGCUGAGCAUAGAGGACAGUCCUACUUCACAUCAGGACUCGCUGCUGUCGCUGGUGACCAGCGUGCUGGCCACCGCCGAUCUGAGCAACGAGCGGGGCCGCGCCGACAUCGACAAGCUGAAGGAGAAGCCGGCCGUGCUCACCCUCCUGCUGGACUUUAUCCUGGACCUGCUGCUGCUGCCUUACGGCGUGACGUGGCCGCCGCCGGCCGCUCAGGGCGGGGAGGCGGCGCCGCCGGUGCCGCCGCCCGGUCUGUCGGAGAAGGCGGUGCGCCGCGCGCUGGGCGACCAGCCGCCGCCGCCCGAGCGGCUGGAGCGGCUCAAGGCGGGCCUGGUGCGCUUCCUGUCGCUGGGCCAGCUGCCGGCCGGCCGGGUGGCGCCCCAUCUGCUGGUGGCCAUGGCCGACACGCGGUUCACAGUGGCCAAUCUGGCCGACAUGGAGCUCAGGCGGCUCUGUAACCUGGACUGGGAGGAUCCGACGCUCAUCAGUCAGCUCUGCUCCCUCUAUCUGGGCACGCUGGUCAACAAGAACGCGCCGCCGUCGGGCCCGGCUGCGCCGCCUCAGGAGCAGCGCCGCCAGCCGGUCGGCACGCGCAUCCGACUGAAGCUGCUGCCCUACCUGUGCCGCUCAAAGACGGCGGCCACCAUGUUCCCGCAGUCGGUCCAGGUGAUGUUUGACAGCUUCUACGGCACAAAUACCAAUCCCAAGCUGAAACUGCAGGCCCUUCAGUUCAUUAUACAGAUAAUCCAACACUCAACAGAGUCCCGUCUGGCGCCGCUGGGCCCCAUGGUGCUGGGCGUGCUCCACAGUGUGCUUGCAGAGGAGAAGACGGACCAGCGGCUGCGCUCCACGGCCUACACGGCCAUCGGGCGGCUGGGACAGAAGCUUCCGGCCGUCAUCUCGCGCGACCUGAAUGUGGUCCGGGUGCUGUUCGACGCGCUGGAGCAGGAGGAGUCGGAGACGGGCCAGUUUGUGCAGGACACGCUGCAGCUGCUGGGGCCGUCGCUGCGCCGGCUGGACGACGCCCAGCAGACGGUCAUGGAGGCGCUGCUGGGCAGCUGCCUGGAGCGGCCCAGCGCGCGCGCCCGCCAGGUGGCCGUCCAGUACGCGGCCGUCGUGUUCCCAGAGAGCCACGCCGUGUCCCGGCUGCAGCUGCUGCUGGCCACCGCCGACAGCCAGGAGGAAGUUGCUGCCGAAGCCCUGAAACAUCUCAAAUUGGACGGGAAGGAUGUCCAGGACAGCUCGAAAGCUAGCGACUUCCCGGACUUUGCGCAGAUGAUCACGUGCAUCACGAGGAAGAUCAGCGAACGCGAGUCCAAGAAGCAGACGACUACGGUGGGAAACAACGUGCUGCCGUUCCCGCCCACUGCCUUUGCCAUGAUGAUCCGGUACCUGAGCCUGUGCCUGCAGCACCAGGCGGCUCCUGACCGACCCGUCAGCACGGAGCUGGUCCGCGGCCGCGCCGCCGGCCUGGGCGCGGCGCUCCAGUCGCCGGCGCUCGCCGCGCCCGUCGAGACGUUCCUGGCGCUGACGAUACGUCUACUACGCGCCAGUGUGACAGAUGCGCCGCUGUUCUGUCUGCUGGAGACGGUGGCGGCGGCGCCCGGCCGACUAGCGCCGCUGCUAGCCGACCAGCUCGACUGGCUCAAGACGCUGGUGUGUUAUCCGCGGGAGACGGUGCGCGGCCACGCGGCGGAGCUGUACGGCGUCGUGGCGGCCGCCAUCCAGGACGACAAGCAGUUCGGGGAGAGCCUCCGGCUGAUGCACCAGCUGGCCACCAGCAAGGUGCUGGAAGAACAGCACGGUGGUAUGCUCGGCCUGGCGCAGUGUCUGGCCCGCCGCGCCAGGGAGAACCGCCCGCCCCAGCGGACUGACGAGGUCGUCAUCCAGCUGACCGCCGACCUGUUGGCUCACCUGGAGUCGAGCCAGCCGGCGCUGCAGGCCGCCUGUCUGAGCUCUGUCUCCGAGCUGGGCAGGACCGGGCCGCUGCCGGUGGCCGCCGGGCCGGCCGACCAGCGCAGCCCGCCGUCACUGCACUACGUGGUCACCACGCUGCUGAAAACGGCCACCAGCAAAAAGCUGCCCUCCAAGAUGCGUGAGCGUGCCAUAGUCGCCUGCGGUCUGGUGUGUGUGGGCGACCCCGGCCUGGCGUUCCGACGGGAAAUAGUGGAGCACUUUCUGUCCGUCUCCAGCGAGCUGGACGAGCUGGAGCUGCAGAUGGCCGUGGGCGAGGCGCUGGUGGGCGCCGUGCUGGGACCCCAGUCGCCGGAGGCGGCCGACCCGUGGCGGCCCGCCGAGCCCGGCCAGACACCGGAGCAGCCGGCCGGCGCCGAGCCGCACCGGCCCGAGCAGCUGCUCACCUGGCUGCUGCGCCAGCUGCUCGAGAACCAGCUCACACAGACACACCCGAAGGUGCGUCAGUCGGCCGCCGUCUGGCUACUAGCCCUGGUGAAGCACUGCCAGCAUCUGCAGCGGCUCAAGGACAAACUGGCCGACAUCCAGGCGGCAUUCAUGGAGCUACUCGCGUCGGGAAACGACCUGGUGCAGGAGGCGGCCUCCAAGGGCCUGGCGCUGGUGUACGACUCUGGGGACGAGCAGCAGCGGGCGACUCUGGUGGACGGCCUGGUGGGCGCGCUGACCGGCUCCGCCGCACGGCCCGCCACCCAGAAGGUCACCGCCGACACCAAGCUGUUCGCCCAGGGAGAGCUCGGCAAGGACCCCUCAGGGGGCCAGCUGUCCACAUACAAGGAGCUGUGCUCGCUGGCCUCCGACCUGAACCAGCCCGACCUCAUCUACAAGUUUAUGACGCUGGUCAACCACAAUGCGGCGUGGAACUCCCGGCGCGGCGCGGCGUUCGGCUUCUCCUCUAUCGCCUCCAAGGCGGGCGAGGCGCUGACGCCGCACCUAGCCAACAUCGUGCCAAAACUGUAUCGGUACCAGUUCGACCCGAAGCCGCAGGUGCAGCAGACGAUGCGCUCAAUCUGGUCCUCGAUCGUUCCCGAGUCGACCAAGACGGUUCAGCUGUAUCUGCCCCAGAUUAUGGACGAGGUGCUGGCCCGCCUGACGGACGGCCUGUGGCGGGUGCGCGAGUCGUGCUGCGCCGCGCUGGCCGAGCUGCUCUGCGGCGCCGGCCUGGACCCGGUGCUGCCGCGGCUGCCGGAGAUGUGGAGCACACUGUUCAGGGUGCGAGACGACAUCAAGGAGUCGGUCCGGCUGGCCGCCAACAAGACGCUGGAGGUCCUCAGCAGGGUGUGUGUGCGGCUCUGCGAGCAGCAGGAGUCGGUGAAGACCAGCGAGCAGACACUGACGCUCGUCCUCCCGGUGCUCCUGGAGACGGGACUGGCCUCCACCGUCAGAGAAGUGCGGGCCAUCAGGUAA